CGGCCCCGCCCCCCGCCGUGACGUUUCCCUGGAUAGGACGUCAGCGAUCAGGGGCUUCCAGGCUCGGCUGGUCAGGCGCCUGGCCGGGGAUGUUUGGGUUGCCGCAUUCCCCGCACAGGAGAGGCGGGAUGUACUGACCGAGGGAAUGGCGGAAUCUCCGGCCAGCCAGGCAGAGAGCGGGAUCGAGUCUCUGUCUCUGGAGGAGAUCCUGGAUCUAUACAAUCAGCCCAUCAAUGAGGAGCAGGCAUGGGCUGUGUGCUACCAGUGCUGCGAGGCUCUACGGGCGGCCCCGGGCGACGGCAAAAGGAAGAAGAUCACCGGGGCCACCGAGAUCCGGAUUCGGAGGGAUGGAGCCGUCAUCGUCCGGGAUCGCCCCGGGACAGAUGGGGCAAGUGAUUCCAGAUGUUCAGAAACAGAGGUCAUUGUAUCGCUAGGAAUUAUAAUCUACAAAGCACUAGAUUAUGGCUUGAAGGACAAUGAGGAGAGGGAGCUUAGUCCUCCCCUGGAGCGCCUAAUAGACAACAUGACGAAUAUCGAUGAGACUGAUGGCAGCACCGAUGAAGGAUAUGAUGCUCUGGAUGAGGAAGAUGAAGAUGCUAGUGAGAAAAAAAUCCCCGAAUUUCGUCAUUCAUAUAAGAACGUCAUGAAGCUUUGUUCCUCUCAUCUGCCGACUCCAUCAGAAGCGCCUAAUCAUUACCAAGCAGUAUGCCGGGCACUAUAUGCAGAGACCAAGGAGCUGCACAUGUUCCUGACGAAAAUCAAAAAUGCAAAAGAGAGUCUAAAGAAGAUCCAAGCAAUGGACAGGCAUGCAACUGACCGAGGUAACCCUGACCUUGAGGAUUUGAAGAAUGCAGACUGGGCUAGGUUCUGGGUUCAGGUUAUGCGUGAUCUUCGUAAUGGUGUCAAGCUGAAGAAAGUGCAGGAACGCCAGUACAACAUGUUACCCAUUGAAUUCCAGCUGACCCCAUAUGAGAUGUUGAUGGACGACAUACGUUCUAAACGUUACACGCUAAGAAAGGUCGUGGUUCAGGGUGACACCCCUCCUCGAUUAAAGAAGAGUGCUCAUGAAAUAAUCCUGGAUUUUAUACGCUCCAGACCUCCAUUAAAUCCUGUGUCUGCACGGAAAUUAAAACCAACACCACCUCGUCCUCGAAGUCUGCAUGAACGCAUACUCGAAGAGAUUAAAUCUGAGAGAAAACUACGUCCUGUUUCCCCCGAUGAAAUUAGGCGUAGCAGGCUUGUAAUGCGGCCCCUUAGCAUGUCUCACAGUUUUGACUUGUCAGAUGUUUGUACUCCUGAAGUCACAAGAAAACAGCCAGAAAGCACAGUGUUAAAUGGCGGUGUGACCGAGUCUUCCAGAAUUAUUGGACGUUCUACUCAAGUGACUGUUCAACGAAAGAAGCUUCUAAAAGCUCCAACCCUGGCUGAGCUGGACAGUUCAGAGUCAGAGGAGGAUACAGUACAAAAGUCUACAAGCAGCAGUAGUGUGUCCACUUCUCAGCCUGACGAUUUAUCUCCAGCAAGUGCCAGUGGUAAGAAAACACCACCCAGGUUCCUGCCAAUUUCCUCUACGCCACAACCGGAGAGACGGCAAGCUCCACAGAGGCGCCACUCCAUAGAGAAAGAGACACCAACCAAUGUUAGGCAGUUUCUACCACCAACUCGACAAAGCUCCAGAUCUUUGGUUCCUAGGAUAACCAGUUUCUUUCCAAGGAUGACUUUGCGACCACCAUUUUCCAGCAUUCGCACAGCUUCUUUGUUGGGCUCUCAUCCUUUUGAAGCAGCCAUUUUUGGGGCGGCAGGGGCUAUGUUUUAUCUGUUUGAGAGAGCUUAUGCCAGCAGGUGGAGAGCCCCGCAGGAGGAGUUUUGUUAUCCAGUUGAAUGCCUUGCUCUCACCGUAGAAGAAGUCAUGCACAUACGACAAGUGCUUGUAAAAGCAGAGCUGGAAAAAUAUCAGCAGUAUAAAGAUGUCUACAGUGCUCUCAAGAAAGGAAAGCUUUGUUUAUGUUGUCGGACAAAGAGAUUUUCCUUGUUCACCUGGUCUUACACAUGCCAGUUCUGCAAACGGCCUGUGUGUUCACAGUGCUGCAAAAAGAUGAGAUUACCUUCCAAGCCAUAUUCCACACUCCCCAUAUUUUCACUGGGACCUUCUACCUUGCAGAGAGGGGAGAGUUUCCUUAGGCCUGAGAAGCCCUCCACCAGUCAUCAUCGACCACCUCGGAGCUUACCCAAGUUGGGGUCCAAGUCUAAAUCUGUGGACAAGUCAGAUGAUGACCUCCAGUUUCCAAAAGAGCUCAUGGAAGACUGGAGCACCAUGGAGGUGUGCGUGGACUGUAAGAAAUUUAUCUCGGAUAUCAUUAGCUCCAGCCGUCGCAGCCUCACACUGGCUAACAAACGAGCCCGGUUAAAAAGGAAGACGCAGUCGUUCUACCUGUCAUCCACGGGGACACAUGAAUACCGGCCGACUGAGAGAACGAUAAAUGAGAUCUGACUCUCGUGCCUUUUUAACAUGUUUUAUUUUUUAUUAAUCUGCUUCGGUGUAAUGAAUAAUCAGGCUGUUGCUAUUUAAUUUUUUUAAGAGUUCAAGCAAGCUUGAAUUCUGCAAAAAUAGCACACCCCCCCUUUAUUUUUUAAUGUGCUCUAAAACAGGCUGCAUACACACAAGUUGUCCCAUAUGCAGCAAUUCCUUUGCACUGGAAGAAUGCAACUUUUGCCUUUUUUUUAUCGGUUUGUAAUGAGACUAUAUUACAUGGACUCUGCUGGAGAUCGGAAUGUUCUACCUGCAAGAGAGACCCAUGAGGGUAAAGCUGGCACUGUUACCUCACAGAGUGCAUAUCCCCUGGCUCUGCUAAAGAAAGGAGCAAAGUCUUAUUUUUACAUCAUGUCUACAUUCCUGUUUGUAAUUUUCAUUAUCUAGAUUUAUUCAAUCAUUCUCUUCAUUAGCUGUCGCCAAAACGACAUAGGACGCUGCCUUGGUUUGGAGGAACUACUUAAGAAAGUUGCAGCUCCGCUGAGAUAGUUGCCUAUCGGGUAUAUAGUUGUAUGACGCAGUAUGGUGCUGGAAACUUCUGUCCCCAAGUAAAUACUCAGAAGUGACUAGCUAGAGAUUCAUAGCACUUUUAUUUCUUCCACAGUGCCAAAUUAUGUCUUCCCAAACCAAAUAUCGUUCCAUCUGUUUUAUGUGUCAAAGCUUGUAGAUCCUCCCACCAGUUUUGUGGAUUUAGUGCGAAAACGGGUGUUGGAGAAAACGUGUGAAUGAGGAUCUGUUUUUAAAAACUGGCUACUGACGAGGAAAAACAAAUAUGGUACAGUCUCAAAUGUUUUGUGCUGGCUUCAUUAGGCAGUCUGUAGUUGACUUUUAUUAGUGUUUAUAUGUUCAUUAAAGUGCAUCUCCCGUCUGCUGGAGGCAACAGUCUUGUAGGCAGGACCGACCAGUCUUUCUAUAUAAAGUAUUGCUCAGUUUAGGAACUAUUUCUCUUACUGGGGCAAUUGAUCACAUACCAGAUGUGUAAGAACAGUUAUAACAGGUCGCACUACUAACAUGGUGCUCAGGGUCUAGUGGGACUUUGUCACUCAACUAGGACUUUUUUGGGCCCAUUUUUUUCCCUGUACUUUGUUGCCCUUUGUACUAUGUUCUUCUUAAAGAGGGAACAUUUGUCAGUGUAUCCCUUCCAGAUGGUGUCCACCUCAGCAUACCUUUUUCUCUGUCAUCAAAGUAAACCUGUCACUAGGAUUAUUUAGUGCAAAGUAAGAGUAUCCAUGAUAGAUAUCUAAUUCAUUGUGCUCCUCUAUUGUCCAGUUUGAGGAUCAUGGCCUUGUAAAGUACCUGGUACUUCUGGAUAAAGGGGUGCAUGUGACCCCCUCCCCUAUUUUAUUUGAUGCAGUGUGUGACAGUAAUAAGUCAUGGGCAUUGUCAUGUCACAUUAUAGGAAGGUGGUCAUGUGCCCUUUAUAUGCUCACAUUGUUUACAGGGCUUUCUACCCAGAACCCAGGGGAAGAUAUCAAUAGCGGAGGAGGUGGGUUGUCAAAGGGAACCUGCUGCUUUGCGCUGAAUAGACAAAGUAACUGGUUCUCUUUAAGUGUCACUAAACCCA